GUUGCCGUGGUUCGCCCACAACUUCUUCCUGAGCAGAAAUUUCAGAGACUGCAGCAAUGCAAGGUCUAUUUUGUUACUCUCAAACCAGCUAAUGGUAUACUCAAACAAAUCAGUGGCAUGUUUCAUUCCACCUCAAAGGAACGAUCCCAUGAUGGAUCUUCUCAUAUGUGUCAUACAGACAAAUCAAAGUCCAAAGUUAAGAAAAAGGCCCACUCCCCUGAAGUUACUUUACCACCUUUAUUCUCUGAGACAUGUCUCUCAGCAUCCCUUGGCUCAAAGGGCCUUUUCAGUCCCACAUCCUUUCUUAAAAACAUUCAGUCUGACAAACCUGUGUCAUUAAUGGAGCUACCUCAUCUUAUUGGUCAAGUGGGUUCAGAGAGAGCGAUAGCUGAGGCAAAAUGGGCUGAUGGACCUCGACUAAUGGCUUCUGCCUUGGCAGCUGACAUCCCCUUUGGAGUCACUCAGCUGAAAGCAGAGAGUCUUGGAGGGAAUGAUGAAUCGGUAGAUGUACCAGCAUGUAAGGGCAAAAGGAAACUAAAGGACAAAAAAGCAAUCAAACUGAGCAAAUGUCCUCUGACUGGCACAGAGGUUGUUCAGAUGCUUACAGAGAAAAGAGACACAGAAGAACUGUUUUUCCUCAAAGAAGUGGAUGUGGAUGCUUACAGACCUUAUGACCUGCAAGUGGUCCAUGCCAAAGAUGCUGGUUCUGAGCACUACAUUUUCUCCCCUAAUUCUGUACUUCACAUGACAGCAACAGGCUUUGGUGGAGUUGUCAGUCUUGCAGAGUGGUACAGAGAGUAUGCACUGUGGACAGCUUUACAGGAGAUACAUUUUUUCAGAAAUUUCAAAGUGCAAAAAGCGUUUUCCAGCUGGCGUAAGAUUGUACGCAUGAUCCAUUUUCAGUGCAAGUGUGACAGACUUCAGGAUCUGCUUCUUGUAGCUGUACCUCAGUUCAGAACUGCUCUUCAUCUGUUAUCUGGAGUCAUUGAGGAGCUACAAGGAAUAAGCUGGAUGCCUUUGGAUGACUUUGAAACCUUGUCAUUGCUAGAGUUCCACAAAGUACUGAAAAUGAAAAACAAAGAGUGUCUUCUGACUCUACAGAAGUUAUCUAAAUACCAUGCAGCUCUUCUGAAUGCGGUAAAAGACAAGAGCUAUGAAAAUCACAAGGAGCUCCAGAUGCAACUAAAGCUUGCCAAAAAGAUGAAUAGAUCUUCUGAACCCAUUCACCUGCUCUUGGCCCACCGGCAUAAGCUGAAGAAACAACUGGACCAGUCCGAAAGCAUCUUAAAGAAACUGGGAAACUUUGCAGCACUCGUUCAUCAGAUGAUUGUACACAGUCUUGUUACCGUUGUCCAGCAAGAUGCCAGGUCUUUACUUGCAUGCUUAAAGAGAGUUUCAUCUCAGCAUUGCAGUGUCUUCUACACUAAACUGUGUUUUAGUGCUAAUAGUCAGCUAACCAUUGACCCACCAAUCUGUGAGUUUUACAAAAGACUGACCAAAUCUUUCCUGGGGUCUGGCAACACCAUUGUUCAGAUGUGUGACAAUGUAGGAUUCUUCCUGGAGAUCAGCAAUGAAGUGUGUAACUCGGAUCAGAAUUUAACCUCUGACCUCAGUUGUAUUAAAUGUUCUAUAAUGACAGGAGCAAACACAGUUAGAAUGAAUGAUCAACCAAUCAGAGGCCAAGAGUUGCCUUCUGAAUCAACAUUGUUGAUGGUGCAAAGCAAAUCGUUGAAUGGCUGCUACUAUCCUCUUUCCAAAGCUAAGUUAGAGUGGUAUAUCAACAACAAUGAUGUUACAAAACAAGUUGAGACUGAGCAAGCCAAGAUCAUGCAGGACACUGAAUUAGAAAUAGAGCAGGUGUGUAAGAGAUAUACAUGGUUGAAGGACAUCCAUUUGUUCGUCAGUCAGUGGAGUCCAGCUUCAUUGGAAUCCAUGAAGGGUCAGCCUGCGUCUGUGUAUGAGGAGCACAUUAAAAUGCUGGAUCACUGGGCUCAAAGAAUCCACACAGUGAACCCAUCAACUUGUGCAUCCAGCCAUCUGAUCGUCAUCAAUUCUACCAACACGAAGGAAACUCUGCUGCGGCAGCUUAUCCUAAUUAAGGAGCAAGUGCUACAGCUACUUGUUGACCAGACGAAGAGGCAUUCAGAAAGCCUUAUAGCUGACUUGGAGAGGAUGACCGCUGAACUCAAAGCAGAACCAGAAGAUGUUCAUGAAUUCUCCAAAUACGCUUUUACAGUCAGGCAGUUUAUGAAAAAGUUGGCUGACAUGCAGAGCCAUUUGGAAUACACUCUCUCUCUUCGUGACACGAUUUGCAUGAGUUAUAGGAAGAUGACUGAGCAGGAGCUGACUUUGGAAGAAAAGAUGCUGGCAUUGUGGGAUAAAUUUAUUCCCCUCCUAAAGCAGGCAGAUAGCCUUCUGUCCCAAAGCCUUCCUCCUGUGGCCAAUGCAUUGGACACAAUGUUCUCAUUUUUGGUCUGUGAUCUUAAAAACAUAGUCUUUAAGGCCACCUCUGGGCCUUUCCUUGACCCGAGUCAGAAUGCCAACGAGAUGGUUUCUAACCUAAAGUACAUGUGUGUACAUGUGCAGACCCUAAGCACAAAGCUUGAGGAGCUUCACAGCAGCAGUCAACGCAUGCAAGAGCAACAACUGGAUCUAACUAUUCUGGCAGCAGAUGUCCAGAAAGUCACAGCCCGUGAAGAGCUGUGGGAACUUAAAGCAGAGUGCACUGCAUGGAUGGAAGAGUGGAAUCAACUACCACUUAGUGAGGUUGUGGUGUCACAAGCGCAGGAAAAAAUUGCCAUCUGGGAAAAUCAAACACUUUCUUUGACCCGUAUUAUCCCUGCUGCUGAUUUAGUCCUGAAGGAGAUUUCAGGAGUCCUGGAAAGCUUAAAGUACCAGGUUGAGAUCUUGGCACAGCUGAAGAGUUCCAUGCUUAGGGAGAAACACUGGGAAAUUAUAUUUCAAGGCAUAGGCCUCCUGGAUGUCCGAGAGAAAACAGUGACUGUUGGUCGUUUCAUGUCUGGAUUAAUGUCCGAAUGCCACCGAGAACUAAUUCACAAGAUAUGCAGGGAGGCACAAAUGGAGUGGGAUUUAGAGAAGGGCUUCCAAACAAUUUGUUUAAGAUGGAAAGAGAGACUCUUUCAGCUGGAAGAGUUCGCUGUCCCUGCUUGCUCUCACUGUGAGGCUCAGAAUGGAUUGAACAAAGAAAAGAUGCUCACAGAAUCCUCCCUUUCCACUGUUCAAAUGACCUGUCAAUGCUCCUGCAAUGAUGCCAGAUUCACCAUCAUCGGUCUAGAAACACACUUUGCUGAGAUACGAAAGGAUUUGAUAACACUUUCCAUCAUGUUGAAGUCUCCACACAGUGUGGAGUUCAGGCUGCAGUUAGAGGAUUUGGUUAAGUCUCUAAAAGAUCUUGCUAAGCUGCUUGAUUUAUUUGAAAGAUACCAGCAAAUAUGGGCCUUCCUGACAAAGACAUUUAGAAAAACAUCACAUAAUGACCAACGAUUAGAUCUGCUAAAGUCUUUUCAACAAGUUGAUGAUGCUUUUAAAAACAUUAUGCACUCAGUCUCAAAAGAUCUACAUGUGUGGAACUUUGUUUGCUCUGAGAUGGAUCACAAACAUGAUGGUCAUAGCCUUUCCAAGACUCUCAUGGACGGUUUGUUUGUAAUGGAAGGCAUUUCCCACCAAAUGGAUAAUCUUUUUCAAACCUUUCGUGAGCAGUUUCCAAGACUCUGUUUCUUGAGUGAGAGGGAGAUAAUACAGCUACUGUCUUUUCACCCAUUGGUAUUAAAACAACAAUGCUUUUUACGCAAAUGCUUCAAAGGUGUACAUCAGCUUGAAGUGGAGCAUAAAAGAUUGUCCAAUACAAGUAAUCUGAAGAGCUUUAGACCUUCAUCUGAAAAUCCCGAAGAGAUGAACGUUCUGGGUGUUUUUGGCAGCCUCCAGGAACACAUUGCUUUUCAGCCUUCUCUGGGUCCAAACCCUGAUAGCCUGGUUUGGCUAUGUGCCUUUGAGAAACACUUGAAAUUGUCAAUGGUCAAGCUCAUAAAACAAUGUGCAGUGCUGAGAAGCCAGCUUGAAUCAAUCAGUGAAGAUUUAACAUACAACAGUACAGUAGGCCCUCAGUCGUGCAACGCAGAUAAGCUGGAAAAUGCCCACCCUUUGUUAGAGUUGCUUUUGGAUUUUCCACUUCAAUGUCUGCUGGUGGUUGAGGAGACAUUCUGGUGCCGAGGUGUUCUGCAGGCUUUAAAACAAGGAAGUCGACUAAAGUUGAGCAAUCUCAAGACAUACAACUCUACAAAACUGAAGAUCCUCUGCAAUGUGAUCAGGAAUAGAGUCCUAGGCUCCGAAAAUAAAUCUUUGAUUUCCAAAUAUGCAAUGAUGUGUUUGCAUGCUUUGGUACAACUUGCAAUGAAUCAUGGACAGCAGCUAUCUCGACUCAUGAACCUACCAGGGGUGCUUGAGACAUCUUUCGAGUGGCUAAGCACGAUGAAGUAUCAUAUCAACUCAGAAGAUGAGAUUCUGGAAUGCAGAGAUAAUCCAUCAUGUUAUGUGGAUGUUUUGAACCACCAUUUCCAGUAUGGCUUUGAGUAUUAUGGACCAGAUGACUGGUUGAUGGUGCAUACUCCCUCAACAGAAAAGGCAACUCUUGGGAUUGUUCUUGCUCUGACAAGGUACAGGUCUGGGUUUGUGAGUGGACCUUCCAUGUCUGGGAGAACACAUACUGUAAUCCAGUUGGGGAAAGCACUCGGACAGCUGGUUGUGGUAAGGCAGUGCUCCCCAAGCAUGGGAUCUGCUGUUGUUCAGCGUAUGUUGCUGGGUGCCAUUCAGGCAGGAGUGUGGCUUUUGUUGGAAUCUGUGGACUUACUUUCACAAGGUGUCCUUUCUGGACUAGGGCAGCUUCUAAAUGACAUACACCAGUACUACUUGAAUCUACAAAGAAAUAAGAAUCAAAGGCUAAACAAGGUGCCAGAGUGUAAAACUGCAGCCAGGGUCACAGGUUGCAUAAACAUUUCGGAUCCGGAAUGCUGUUUUGAGCUUUUAGGGAAAAUAAUCUUUCCCAACCCAAGCUAUGGAUGUGUUGUUAGCUCAUCAAAUCAGUAUGCAUCAAAGGUUCCAGACAGCCUGCGAUUUGCUGUCAGACCUGUUUCAUUGGCACACCCAGAUUACAGAAUAGUUGCUGAAGUGACCCUGGCUUCCAUUGGUUUCUUAGAAGCAAUGUCUUUAAGUCAUCGUCUGGUGUGCCUGAUCACCAUGAUCAAAGAUUCUGAAUGCCUGCCUGAUUUAUUCAGCGACGAUCAAAGUUGUUUUCUUGUUGUCUUGCAAAAGAUCAUCUCUGCCUCAGAAAUAUACUUACACCAUGCUGUUAGUCAGCGAGAAACGUCUGUUCAGCCUAAAGUAAUGGCUGCUGAACACAGUGAGCUUUUGUCUGUAGAAAGUUUGUCUGACAAACAUUUUGGGGAAGACAGAAAAGAAACUACAAAGCUUCCAAAGGUACAAAGUUCUCAGCUCUCUGUUAUACAGGCUUUGAUGGAGGAAACAGCGAUUGUCAAAGCCAUUCUUUCUGUCUUGAUACCUGAGCACAAGAAAGCCUCACAAUUCUGCACCAUUCUCAAGGAUACAUUUCCUAUAGUGUCUCAGUUUCCAGAUUAUAAGAGAUAUAUUCAAGAUAGAGAGAAAAAUCAACUUCAAGAUGCAGUUGUAGAAGAACUGAAAGAAGCACACCUCUAUUGCGACAUGGAAGUAAUAAACCAAGUCCUUACUCUGUACCAGGCACUGAAGUUCUCUCAAACAGUCAUUCUUACUGGCCCCUCGGGUAAUGGGAAAACAACUUGUUACAGCAUUCUGGCUGGGGCACUAAAUAGACUGGCUAGCACAAAUGUUGUACAGGGAACAAAGGGUAUAAAUAACAGAGAUACCUCACAUGUAGAUCCACAGAUCCCUGCAUUGAACUGGUGCUAUGUUGACACUUUGGUCCUGUUUCCUAAUGCUAUGUCACAUGAUGAGCUAUUUGGCUGUUCCUGUGAAAAAACACAAUGGAAAGAAGGAGCUGUCACAAAAGUGCUUAAAGAUUCAGGACGAUGUGAUCUAACGUGUUUUGAGAUCUAUAAAAAUGAGAUAGACAGCAAAGAGACAUCAUUAGUGAAGUGGUUGGUAAUGGAUGGAGAGCCCGUGGGUCAGCCUUGCUGGUUAGAUUACUUAACCACACUGUGCAGUUCCCCGGAUCCACAUCUGUGUCUGUCAUCAGGUGAAACGGUGUUAUUACCGUCACAACUGAAUCUACUCUUUGAGAUGACUGACCUACAAGAUGCAAGUCCCUCCACUGUGACCCGCUGUGGCCUUGUUUAUUUCACACAGACUGAUCUGUGGAAGGCCAUAUGGAGGAGUGAACUGGAUGCUCUCUCGACUGAGUAUAAACUGGAUCAAGUAGUCCAGAAAAUGUGGAAUCGAAUGGCAAACGACCUUUUCGCCAACACGCUGAGUUUUCUUGGGCAACAUGCUUUAACGUCUGCCAAUCAUUUUGAAAGGGGGUCAUGUAGAAACUAUGGCAUACAAGAAAUCACAUCGUUUGUCAGGAUCCUGCGAGCUCUUCUGGAACAUUUUGUAAAGGAACUACAAAAACCAAACACAAUACUUCAAAAAGACAAAAGAGGGGGAACCAAUCAACCAAGCACCAAUGGUCAAGAGGAAGGAGAGCUGUUCACCAGAAACAUCUUCUUGGUGGCUUAUGUUUGGGGAUUUGGUGGACAUUUGCACUCUCGGCAUUGGCCACAAUUUGACUUGUUAGCUCGCCAAGUGCUGUUUGCUUCCAGGUACAAAAUUCAAGUUCCAGAUGAAGACAGUUUAUUUCAACACUUUAUUGACAAUAACAGUAAAAGGUCUCCCAGUGAAACACACUUAACAGAUUUCAUCACCCCAAAGUUUUGGGCAUACCGGCAUCUUCUGAACUUAAUGUUGGAGGCAAACCAGCCAGUGUUACUUGCAGGAGAGCCAUGUUCUGGGAAAACUACUCUGAGCAACAGAUUGUUAGGUUUUGAUCAGCCUUACAUUAACCUUGCAGCAAGUCAACUCCUGAGCUCUAGAGACCUGCGCAUCAUACUAAAAAGUAUCUGCACCCAGAGGAACUGUGAAGAUAAUGUGUGUUCAACAAAAAAACAGCCAAGUCUACUUCUGUUUGUGGAUGAUUUGCAUGAAGCCCCCUGUGAUGUGUUUGGAAAAGCAUCAACAGCUUUGGAGACACUACGUCAAAGUAUGUCAAAGGGAGAGGUUCUGACAUUUGACUCCUACGUUUUUGAGUCUCUGGGUUCUGAAGCUGUAAGCUAUUUGGCUACGACUAAUAUCUCCAGACUGGAUGAUCUUGGGAGUCAUGGAAUAUCUUUACGACUUUCACGACUCUUCUCCAUUUUUGUGCUCCCUAGCCUAUCCCAAGAUGCUUUUUUGUUUUUUAAUACCCCAAGGCUAAAAAUGUGGCUCAGAGAAAUGCCACUAACUUGCAGUGCUGAGGAAAUGUCAAACUGUAUCAUCACUGCAACUAAAAAUCUUUAUGAUGCUGUAUGUGACCAGUUUCAGCCCACUGCACAGAGGCCCUUCUUCUUAUUUUCUCAUCAUGACAUACAGAAGGUGUUUUCAGGGAUGUACCUGUGGAACCACGGCAUCUUAAACACAGAAACCCAGAAAGACAAACACUUACCUGCAGGCUCUCCACCAUCCCCAUCAUCUGCUUCAGUAGCACUUCUUAACAUAGUACAUCUCUGGAUGCAUGAGUGCAUGCGUAUCUUCAGUGAUAGGCUCUGCUCAGAGGAUGAAAUGAAUAUCAUUCUGUCACUCGUUGGCAGGACAGCAGCAACCCAUUAUGGAUGUCACUUUAUGGAAGAAACUCAUAUGGACACAUUGGAAGUUGAAGAUGUUCAAACGUUACUUGUGGAGACUGAAUGCUUUUCUCAUGCAGUAGGUCAGAAUUUUGAUGCUACAAAUCUGCAUCAAGGGGAGGGUCUAGCAGGACUGUCUGGCCUUCAGAAAGUCCAUGCAGAAUCUAGAGAUUUUUCCACAGAGAAGUCAAGCCUAAAAAGUCACACUGUCCAACCAGAGAUGUUUAAGUACAUGGAGGGAGAAAUGACUAGGCGUGUGUAUGCUCCUGAGCUCUUUGAGGCCUCGAAAUCUGUGAAGCAGCAGCAAAACAUUAAAGAUAGUUGCUUGUAUCAGCAGCAAGACUUUGAUGUACUACAGCAAAAGCUGCGUGCAUUUAUAGAUAGAGAAGUCAAUGAUGUCGAUAACAUAAGCAGAUACAUUGUGCACAGACAGGGUAUGAGUCAGCUACUACACAUCCUCAGGGCUUUGCUCCUACCUGGAGGUCAUGGAGUACUGAUUGGCUCAGAAAGGAGAACAGGGCGUAAAACUGCCGUACGUUUAGCUGCCCACAUCACAGGUUAUCAGUUAAUUGAGUUAGAUUCUAGUAAUGAGACCGAGUUCCAUGAAAUCCUAAAACGAGCAAGGAAUAAAACCAAUAUGGAUGGAGUUAAAGUCAUCAUACUGGUCCAUGAAAACAUCAGUCCACCUGUGAGAGAAGAAUUACUGAUGGUAAUGGCACAGAAGGCCUGCUCAGUGCUUUACAGAGAGGAAAAUCUGAGUAGCCAUGUUUUCAGAGUGACUUCUCUGAAAGAACCAAGGCAAUACCUGAUGAACAGCUGGAUAAAUGAAAAGUCUUUGGUUGGAGAUUACAAAAAUGUCCACGUGUUCCUGCUGAUGCCUUUUACCAAAAUAGUAAACAGUGAAAUACCUGCAAACAAAGAAACACAGGGUUGGAGUGCACAAAUGGCCAAGGCCCUGAAGCUCAGCUGCUGUGUGGAAGUUUACCAGCCAUGGUCUAGUCAGUCUUUGGCAGAACUAGCUAUUCAAUGCCUCAGAAUGUGUCCUUAUGAAAUGACCAAAGUAUGCUCAGAGGAUAGUUUAUCUGCAGCCAUGACAGGAAUCCAUCAGUCUGCAUGCCAGCAUGCUUCGCUCUGCCUAAAAUCUCAGCCAUUCAGUCCUCCAACUUAUCUGGAGUUUAUCGCCUGCUUUGGUUACCUUUGCAACAAACUGCACAACUGCUGGCAAAGCAAACACGACAGAAUUGCUACUACUCUGACUCGUUUGGAUGUUGUGAACAACAGAUCUGAACUGUGUAAAGUACAUUUAAAACAACUACAACAACAGAUUGAUGAAACACGGCAGCUUGACAAAGAGCUCCUGGGAGUUUUAGAAGAGAAUAAGAUUCAGCAUGAAACAGCUUUGGAGAGAUGUGCUGCUGGGGAGAGCAAACUGAAUUACCUAGAAGAGCAGAUUGCACAGUCUGAAAAUCUGAUAAAACCAGUUUUCCUGUCAGGCCUCAAGAUUCUGAAUUGUUUGAAUCCGUCUGACCUGGAGGAGGUGCGUCACUACAGAGAUCCACCAGAUGGGGUGGUGAAGAUCAUCGAUGCUAUAUGUUUGAUGUUUAACCGUCCAGCAGGCUGGGAGAGUGCCAAGCAGCUUCUUGGACAGCCCGACUUUUUUCAGGAGCUGGAAUUCUUUGACCGCACCAGUUUGACAAAUGAGCAGCUGCAGCAGCUUGGACAGAUAGUUCAGAGUCCUCAGUUUGUACCAGAGUCCGUGCGAGAGGUCAGUCAUGCCUGUGAGUCCCUGUGCCGAUGGGUUCAGGCUGUGUAUGAGUACUGCUGUAUGCAGCAUAACCUGUUGGUCAAGCAACAGUUGGAGGUUCAAGCUGGAGAAGUACGAAGUCAGCUGCACUUGUUGAAGCAGCUAGAGAAGGAGGCCAGCAAGUGUUUGGAGGACAAGGAGCUUCAGCUUCAAAACAUUCGAAAUAGGCUGGAGGUCCUUAUGCGUCAGCUGUACAAAGCUGAGAACCAAGAAGAAGAAGCUACUACAUGUGCUGUGCAGGUGGAUAUGCACUUUCAAGACUGGAGGACUGCGUUUCAGGAGGCAGAAUUGCGUCGCCAGAACAUACCCGGCGACGCCCUUAUUCUUGCAGCGACCAUCUCGUAUUUAGGGCCAUUUGGGGCUGCUUCUCGAACAGAACUAUUAAGCAAGUGGAGGGAACUUUGCUGGACUGGAAGUAUCAACAUGAACCCCAAGGACCUCAGAACCUCCCUGUUUACUGACGUAGGCGCAGAAUCCAUUUCUCCUGCUCCUGGUUUUCCCAUCGCUGUGACUGAGAGGCUGCAGCUGCCUCUUGGUUGGAUUUUAGGGAUGAACGAAUGGCAGCUUGAGGAUACUCUGUCAAGCAGACUUGUGGUUAAGCUGUUGCUAUGGGGCUAUAACAAGACCUGUGUUCCCCACUGGCCUCUUUUAUCAGACGCCGACCAACAUUUAGAAAUAAGCUCUCAAAAGGGGUUCACUACAGGUGAGAGUGCAAUGCUUGAGAAGGAGUUGAGGUUUGAGUUGGUGCUGUGUGCAGAUGAUUUGGAGCUCCUUGAUAAGUUGGACUUUGCUGCUGAGAAAGGAUGGAAAGUACUAGUUACUAAUGUGGAACGUGCAAAACCUACUUGGGAGUUUCUAGCAAAAUUGGUGCGUCCUAGCCGAUCUUGCUUUCAUGGACUACGGCGGCCUGUUCAUCCAGAUUUCUGCCUCUUCCUCAGCACCCCUCUGUCUGUUAGACUGAUUAGCAGUGGGAUCGAUCCGUCCAUCUUGGCUCAUGUACAUGUGGUUGACCUCUCUCUGAGCUCAGAAGAGAUCCAGGAGCUGAUGCUGACACAGCUGCUGCAAUCUGAGUGUAGAGAGCUGCUGAAUCAACACACGCGACUCCAGAAUUACAAUCAGCUUCUGCAGGCGAAACUGGUCUCAGCAGAGGAAGCAUUGAUGGACUAUAUCUUGCAAUCUGACAGCUUGCUGUUCAAAGAUUCACAUUUUCUUCCUCGUGUGGCUGUUUGUCAAGAAGAAAUGAAGAAGAUAAAGGCUGAGAUAGAGCAGCUAAGUGAAGAGCUGAAUUACCAUGAGUCCCUGCUGGCCUGCCCUCGACAGUUAAUGAAGCUGGCUGCUGCCCUCUACCAGACGCUUCAGGCAGUGUCCCGUCUUUCUCCUGCAUAUUAUUUUUCCCUCCAAGAUUUCAUAAAACUGAUGAAAGAGGCUUUCAGUGUAAAGGACAGGUCAUUAGUGUCAUAUACAACUGGGACAGCAGCACAGAGCAUUCUACCAGAGAUUAUGAACAUGAUGGUACACCAGCUGCUGAUACAGUACAGACCCUGUCUCUUUAAGAGACAUUUUGCUGUUUUGAAGCUGUUGGUGUCUCUGGCUGUUCUUGAGCACAAUCAGUUUUGCUCCGAGGCAGAAACAAUGGUCUUUCUCAGGGGUGUUGAAGAUAUGGAACAUAAUGUAACUGAGGUAAAAACUUCAGUUAGCCCCGCUGACACUGCUUUACUUUCCUCCAGUGACCUACCCAGCUGGAUACCUUCAAAUGUUUACUCAGAGCUUCUCUUCUUGGAAAAGAUCCCCUGUUUCAAGAGGCUGAUUGAUUCACUCUGCGCUUAUCCCACACAGUGGCAGGAAUACCUAUAUUCCACUUCCUCUACUGUAGUAGGGAACGUUCCCUGUUGCUCCCACUCUCACCUUACGUUGCUGCAGAGGGCUAUCCUUUGGAAAACCAUGCGUUCAGACUGCCUAGAGCAGCUAGGAGACUCUUUAAAUGCCUGCAUACACUGCCUGACUGCAAAAACACCAGCAGCUCCUCACUCUGGGAAUCCGGAGGUUCUUUCAAAAUAUUUAGCAGGGAUUGAUAGACCCAUCAUCCUUACAUUGCCUAACUCUGAUGGAGAUGUGCAGAUAAGCAUUCAGCCUCUUCAUCUCAUACAUCAGUUGGCCCACAAAGACGGAAAAAGUGAGGCCCAGGUAAAAGUAAUUUCUUUUGAGGGACUGUGCAAUAAAGAGCUCAUCCUUUCAAUGCUGGACAAAGCCAUUAAUGAAGGCCAGUGGCUGGUCUUUAACGACUGUCAUAUGUUGGAAAACUGGGAUGAUGAAGUGGUGGUCCGACUCAGUCAGCUAACAUCUUCCUUCAAAGAGGAAAAAGGUCUGAUUCAUCCGUGCUUUAGAUUGUGGUUUGUAUAUCAAGAAAAUGCUGCUGAAGCUUUACCAGCUGUGGUGAGGAUGUGUGCCCUACCGCUGUGCUGUGACACUCCCUGGGAUCUGAAGGAGGAGAUGAGUUGUUCCAUCCAGCAGGUUUUGUCAGUCAGUCUGCCUCAGUCAUGGUCAGAUGUUGCAGAUGACCACACAGAGGUGCUUCUCCGCUGUGCCGUCUUCCAUUCAGUUCUGGUACAGAGGCAGACUUAUAAAUAUUUAAGCUUUGGAAGAACGUAUCUCUGGACUCAAGAGGACCUCCUUACUUUAUUAGAUGCUUACAUUUCCUUUGCCAAUCAUUGCCACGAUACAUAUAAAGGUUUACACUACAUAGCAGCCAGAGUCGUUCAUGGUGGCCACAUAACAGACUCCACAGAUUCAGAGGUGGUGGAGAGUGUUGCCAGGUGUUGCUUUGCCUCAGACUCAUCCCUCUCAGGCAGUGGACCUUGCAUCCUUUCAGAUAUGAUCAGCAGUUGUGGCCAUUAUGAUUUAUCAGGACUGCUGCAAGUUUUGGAACAGCGUUUUCGGGAUAUAGCAUUCAGUGACCCGUUUUUGCUUGGUUUCAGUGCAAAUGUGGUCCCUGAAGUAGCCAAAAUCAAUAGCUACAAUUUAAACGUGCUUCUUCAGGCCUCCCAAACACCUUUAAGACCAGUGAGGAGUUUUAGCCCUAAACAGGAUCCGCCUGUCAAACUGCCAGCCUUUAUUAAAGCAAGAGAGAGACUGCAGGCUCUGAAGAAUUACCUCACACACAAGAAAGACAGCACCAUUAGAGAUGUGGGAGCUGCUUCUCGCCGUCCCCUUCGUGACUUCCUUGAGGCUGAAUGGGAUGAUCUCAUUGAUUUGGUAGCCUUGCUCCUCUCAAAUCUGCAGCAGCCUGUUCAGUACAAUUCGUCCUCCGCUUCUCUGGUAAAGUUCACUGACUUGUCUCAGUUGGAGAAGAGGGCACAGCUGCUCAGUGCUUAUCUUGGGCACGGCUGUGCUUCAGAUCCACCAGGUACUUAUCGACUGGCAGCUUUCAAAAAGCCCAGAGUCUUUCUGCUGGCGUUGAUGCAAGAGACCGCUCAAGAAAAUUCCAAAUACAUCAGUGAUAUAAUACUACAAUUUCAGGUUCUGCCUGAGAGCCUUACCUUCCUUCCUCCAGGUGACAUGUGUUUGUGUGGCUUGGAGCUGACAGGGGCAUCAUGGGACCCAGAGAUAGGAGCCCUACAGGACGCUGUCUCCCCUCGACCAUUUUCAAUGCCAGUUCUUUGUGUCAAGGCUCUAGUCAGGGCCACACACAAUCCAAUGCAUACUUUGCCUUGUAAAAGUUCAUAUUUAACAGAUAUAGGGAAUCUUCAAGCUGCACCGAGUCCUCUACAUUUACCAGUCUACCAUUGCCCUCUCUAUCUGAAUGAAGACUGUGAGAGCGAGACCUGGGGAUCGUGUGGUGUUAACAUAAUCACAAAGGUUCCUCUUCGUGCCAAGCUCAAUCCUGCUUUGUGUAGUUUGAGAAGGGUGAGAUUAGUUAGCACACUCUGACUCUUCAGAGCCGCUGCGGCUUCUAACCCAGAGUUAAGUGAUCAAGCAUCUGCUGUAUAUUGAAUUGAUUCUUGUAAAUUUAUGCAAAGUGUCAAAAUAUACAGUUACCAUGCAUUUUCUUUCUUUAAUUUUGUAUUAUUUUCUAUGGAGGGUUUCAUUAAAGUUCUUAUGUUAAAACUGGGAAUUUGUUAU